AUGGAGGCUUUGUCCAUGGUCCGGAACAAGGUCACUGAUAGUGAGCACAUCNNAGUCGUCGUUGCAGCAAAAACAACUUCGGAUCCUGAAAAGUUGGCUUCCUUCCCACCAGACCCAAACUCGCCCCAGAGCACCAUCAACACGGUCGCAAAGGAGAUACACUUACUGGGUGGGACUGCAAUUGCUAUGGAAGUGAACACACGCUCCACAGAAUCAGUAAACAAACUAUUUACCAGGGUUUUGACCGAGCUUGGCCGACUCGAUGUUCUUGUCUACAAUUCCGGGGCCAUCUGGUGGUCAUCAGUGGCCAAGACACCGGUCAAGCGGUUCAAGCUGAUGCAGGAAGUCAAUAUCGAAGGCUUGUAUGCCAGUAUACAGGCUUCCUUUCCGCUGUUCGAGAAGGGCGGUUGGAAGGGCCGUGUUAUUGUCGUCUGCCCUCCAAUCUACAGUCGAUUUUUCAGAGGCAAGACCGCGUAUGCUGUUGGUAAGGUAGGAAUGAGCGUUUUGGUCAAGGGGUUAUCCAUGGAUUGGAUCCGAGAAGGCAAGACUAAUAUGUCCAUUACUGGUAUAUGGCCUGCAGUGGCUAUUGAGAGCGCUGCAACUCAAGACGCUGUCGCAGCGGACAUGGACAAGAGAAGCGAUUUGAGGAAAGCGACUAUCUUCUCGGAUGCCAUACUAGGCAUGCUCAAUUCAACAACUGCUGGAGUGAACGGGCUGUUAACUACCGAUGAGGACUUCCUUCGAGUCGUCAAAGGGAUGACUGAUUUUGGCGAAUACAGUCUUGUGCCUGGAUCUAUCCCAAGGAGAAUAAUGCCCAAGGAGUUUCCGGAUCUGACUGUUGUUGGACAGGAUGAUGAGGGUGUGAAAACAGAUAGUACAGUCUUACAUGCUAAGCGCCGUGCGAAGCUCUGA